AUGGCAAUCCUUAAGGCGCCUUCAGUGGAAAGGUUAAGCUUUCACCUUCCUAAUCAACAGAGUGUGAUAUUUGCAAAUGAUGAUGCUGUUGAGAACAUUGUUAAUAGACCUACUAUAGCACAGAACAUGUUUUUGGAAUGGUUUGAGAGAUUUGUUGGUAGUUCUACAUUUGAUGAUGAUGGUUACCCGGUAUAUAGAAGGAAAGACAAUGGCAGUGUAGUUACAAAGAACGGUAUCGCCUUGGACAACAGGUAUGUGGUAUCGCACAAUAGAUAUUUAUUGCUCAAGUACAAGGCUCAUAUAAAUGUCGAGUGGUGCAACCAGUCACGGUCAAUCAAGUACCUCUUCAAGUAUGUUAACAAGGGUCAUGAUCGAGUAACCGCCGAGUUUUACAAAACAGGCAAUGAUGACGAGAAUGGCAAAGCAAUAGAUGAGAUAAACAUGUACUAUGACUGUAGGUACAUAUCCCCGUGUGAAGCGGUCUGGCGUCUGUUUGGUUUUGAUAUACAACUUCGGGCGCCUUCGGUGGAAAGGUUAAGCUUUCACCUUCCUAAUCAACAGAGUGUGAUAUUUGCAUAUGAUGAUGCUGUUGAGAACAUUGUGAAUAGACCUACGAUAGCACAGAGCAUGUUUUUAGAAUGGUUCGAAGCUAAUAAAACAUACUCCGAGGCGAGAGAGCUUACUUAUGUUGAGAUGCCAACAAGAUUCGUUUGGAAGAAAGACCUUAGAAAAUGGCAGCCACGAAAGAAAGGGUUCUCAAUAGGACGUAUAUUCUAUGUCCCACCAGCUACUGGUGAAAUUUUCUAUUUGAGGUGUUUGCUGAACAAAGUCCGCGGCCCGAAAAGUUAUGAAGAUAUUAUGACUGUAAAUGGGGUGCAAUAUGACUCAUUCCGAUAUGCGUGUUAUGCAAGGGGUUUAGUUGAUGAUGACAACGAAUAUGUUGAUGCAAUAGAUGAAGCCAGUCAUUGGGCGUCAGCAGAUCAAUUGAGGAGAUUGUUUGUGACAUUGCUAAUGAGCAGUUGCAUGGGGAAACCGGAAAUAGUUUGGCAUGCCGUUUGGCAACAUCUAUCAGACGAUGCACAAUUCAACGUCCGUAGACAACUGCAGAACAAAGAUUUUGUGUUGACCGAUUCGCACAAAAUGAACUUUGCUUUAGUAGAGAUUGAGAAGCUAUUAUCUAAUCAUGGUAAGAGUUUGAAGGACUAUCCUGAGAUGCCAACUGCAAAUUUUGGUGCCUUAAAUGUUAUUGCAAACAGAUUUAUUCAAGAAGAAUUAGCAUACGAUUGUGCCGAACAGGAGAAAGGGAAUCAAGAAUUGGUAAGACAGUUAACAGACGAACAAAACGCAAUAUACAAUGAAGUGUUAACUGGCGUGGAUCGCCAGGAAGGGGGGUUAUUCUUCGUUUAUGGUUAUGGAGGGACAGGUAAGACUUUCUUGUGGCGAGCACUUUCUUCCGCAUUAAGGUCUAAGAGUCAAAUAGUGUUAAAUGUAGCUUCGAGUGGCAUAGCUUCGCUUUUAUUGCCCGGUGGCAGGACCGCACAUUCUCGGUUUGCAAUUCCGAUUUCUGUUAAUGAAGAUUCAACAUGUAACAUACGUACCGGCAGUGAACUGGCGGAACUUCUUGUGCAAACAAAGUUGAUAAUAUGGGACGAAGCCCCCAUGAUGCAUAAAUUCUGCUUUGAAGCCCUGGAUCGAACUAUGCGGGAUUUGAUGCGCUUCAUAAAUCCAAUGAGUUCAGAUAUGACAUUCGGUGGUAAGACAGUUGUUUUGGGGGGCGAUUUCAGGCAAAUUUUACCAGUCAUUCCAAAGGGUACUAGACCGGAUAUAGUUAGAGCGAGCAUUAGCUCAUCCUACCUAUGGAAAUCCUGUAAAGUACUAAGGCUGACUAAGAAUCUACGUUUGAAGAGUUUUCAAUCCGAAACCGAGUGCAAGGACAUCGAGGAAUUUGCAAAAUGGAUAGCUAAUAUAGGUGAUGGAAUUAUUGGGUGUCAACUUGAGGGGGAGUCAGAGAUUACUGUUCCAGAAGAUUUGUUGUUGAAGUGCGAAGAUGACCCUAUUGCUACAAUUGUUGAUAGCACUUUCCCCAAUUUCCGACUGGGAAUUGCCGAUUUGUCAUAUCUUAAUCAUAGUGCAAUUUUAGCUCCAACAUUGGAUGUGGUAGAUGCCGUUAACCAAUACAUGAAUGAUCAUAAUCCUUGA